AUGCUUUUUGAGUGUCCAGGGAGUAACUCUGUGUUCUCUCCACCAUCCCACAGGGCAGCCCAUCAACCCCCAGUGCCGGAUCUACCCCGAGGAAAUGAUCCAGACUGGCAUUUCUGCCAUCGAUGGCAUGAACAGCAUUGCCAGGGGCCAGAAAAUCCCCAUUUUCUCAGCUGCUGGGCUGCCCCACAACGAGAUCGCGGCUCAGAUCUGUCGCCAGGCCGGCUUGGUGAAGAAAUCCAAAGAUGUGAUGGAUUACAGUGAGGAGAACUUUGCCAUCGUCUUUGCUGCCAUGGGGGUGAGCCCACAGAGCUGGGGGCAGCUGGGGCUGCAGGAAUCAGAGACAUGUUUAUUCUAUUGUAAUGGGAAAUUUCUUUCUCAUCCUCUUUACCUCUCUAUCUCUCGGGCCUCCUCUGAGCUGUGCCUGGCAGCUCCCAGCAGGGCCCUUUGCAAUAACCCCAAAUUCCUGACCUGGCCUCAGAGAUCUCCCAUCUCCAUCCAUCCCAACCGUGCUACCCCCCAACACUUGUACAUGCAGGGGCAGCACUGGAGCUGCUGCAGGUGCAAUGCUGGAGCUGCAGGGGCAGCACUGGAGCUGCAGUGGUGCCUGGCAGCCCCAGGUGUGGCUCAGGUGUCCCUGCAGGUGACAGCAGCUUUGUGUUGCAGCAUCGAGCGCAUCAUCACACCCCGGCUGGCGCUGACCACGGCCGAGUUCCUGGCCUACCAGUGUGAGAAACACGUGCUGGUCAUCCUGACAGACAUGAGCUCCUAUGCUGAGGCUCUCCGAGAGGUGUCAGCAGCUCGGGAGGAGGUGCCUGGGCGCCGAGGUUUCCCUGGCUACAUGUACACCGACCUGGCCACCAUCUAC